AUGUCGCAUUCAAAGAAGCGUGAUAUCGUUCCAAGAACGAUCGUGUGCCGUGGGUGUGUGUCCAGGUGUAAGCCUGCUUGUGUCACAAAGUUCGAGUGGAUCGCGCGACGGCGAAAACCCUUAGUGAUUGCUCUGUCGGUGCGGCAUGAGGAGGAGAGGGCGAAGCCUCGAAUAUCGGGCUCGCGACACCACGGUCGCGGGUAUGUCCCGCGAGGUGGGGUGCGGGCAACAGCGACGGGCGAGGUUCUAUGGCUGGCGCGAUGCGCAGCUAAACUUGAGAACGUCGCCUAUGCGGAGACAGGGCGAUGA